UGUUGUGUCGCGAAUUGCGUUCACAAACCUUCCCAACUUCGCAUAGGUUGGGCGUCCCAAACAGUCGCUCCGUAACUGAUAAAAAAGCGCACUAAAUACACGAGCUAUACCACCAAGAGAACAAAAUUGAAGAAAAAAAUAAAAAAAUAAAAAAUUAGAAAAAAAAAAGAUAAAAUCGUAUAUAAACACAUACACAAAUAAAACUGUACAGCGCAAUCAGUGGAAAAGCAUCACUAUGGCAUUCCGUGUGGCUGGACUCUUUCUGAAAAGGGAGCUGGCAGCUCCUGCGGCACAGCAGCUGCGCCUGAUGCGCACUUCCAGGGUAGCCAACGCUCAGUUCCUGGUCAACUCGCCCAAUACAGUUCUAGAUAAGAGCAUCCUGUUGCGCUACCGUAAUCUUGAGACUCCUGCUAAUCGUGUUCAGGCCACAUACCUCUGGAUCGAUGGUACUGGAGAGCACAUCCGUCUUAAGGAUCGUGUCCUGGACAAAGUGCCCACCUCAGUAGAUGAUCUGCCCGAUUGGCAGUACGACGGCAGCUCCACGUAUCAAGCGCAUGGCGAGAAUUCAGACACAACUCUGAAGCCCAGAGCCGUCUACCGUGACCCCUUCAAGCCAGGAAAGAAUGAUAUUAUUGUCAUGUGCGACACAUACAAUGCCGAUGGCAAGCCAACUCCCUCCAAUAAGCGCGCCGCAUUCCAGGAUGCCGUUAACAAAAUUACAGAGCAGGAGCCAUGGUUUGGCAUAGAGCAGGAAUAUACAUUGCUCGAUGUCGAUGGUCGUCCUUUUGGUUGGCCCGACAACGGCUUUCCAGCUCCACAAGGACCCUACUACUGUGGUGUGGGUGCCGAUAGAGUAUAUGCCCGUGAUCUCGUCGAAGCGCACGCUAUUGCCUGCCUAUACGCUGGUAUUGACUUUGCCGGCACCAAUGCAGAGGUGAUGCCCGCACAGUGGGAAUACCAGGUAGGUCCCAGCAAUGGGUUGAAGGCCAGUGAUGAUCUCUGGGUGUCGCGCUACAUUCUGCAGCGUAUAGCUGAGGAGUACGGUGUAGUCGUUACAUUCGAUCCCAAGCCCAUGGAGGGCCAGUGGAACGGAGCGGGUGCCCACACAAAUUUCUCGACAAAAGCGAUGCGUGCCGAUGGAGGCAUGAAAGCCAUUGAGGAGGCCAUCGAAAAGCUAAGCAAGCAUCAUGAGCGCCACAUCAAGGCCUACGACCCCAAAGAGGGCAAGGACAACGAACGUCGGCUGGUCGGACGUCUGGAGACCUCAAGCAUCGACAAAUUCUCAUGGGGCGUGGCUAAUCGUGCCGUCAGUGUUCGAGUCCCAAGAGGCGUGGCUACAGCCGGAAAAGGUUACCUUGAGGAUCGUCGUCCCAGCUCCAACUGUGACCCGUAUGCCGUAUGCGGCGCGAUAGUGCGUACGUGUCUACUGAAUGAAUAGAGCAGCAGACGAAAUUCGUCUGCUCUGCUAUUUGUGGGCGUUCAAGAUUCAAUGAUGUAUAUUAGAACAUAGUUGAAACAGCAGCAGGUGGACGUUCUAUCUGUACAGUUUGCCUAUAUUUUGACUUUGAUUAAGAUGAAGAACUAAUUUUUGCUUGCGUGUGUAAAAAGACAACAGGUUGAAGAACAGAAAUAGUAGGUUAGCAUUUAAGUAAACGAAGUAAGUGAUGAUGGAAAUUGAAUACAACGGAACCUAAAAACUGAAACUGAAAUACAAAUGAAAUAUUAUUCUGCCAUAAUUAUUUUUAGAAAUUAUAUAUAAAUAAAAAUUGCUUUGUCUAAUUAUAAUUUAUGAAAUUUUGUAUUUUAAUUUGACUGCUGCAAUUAUCUUGAUACAUAAUAUACAAAUUGUAUUUGAUUCAUUCAAGUAAUAUUUACUAAAGAGUUUGGAAACUGUGCUUGUUAUCGCAUUUAAAAAUGAAAAAAUAUUCGUAACGUUUAUAAUUGAUUGUGUGGAAUGGGUAAUUGGAAUAAAUUAUAUAUGUGUUUAUAAAAUUCUUACUAAUCACUGUUGAGGCGUCAUUGAAAUUAGAUUUAUGUAUUUACACAGGCGUACUAGUAAACACUCUCUCAAAUGUUGUAGUCUACAAUUUGUUAAGUAAUCAAAUUUAUUAUAAUAUUAAUCGUUGACAAUUGUUGAAUUUCUCUAUGAAACCAAAACAUAUUCAUCUAAAAUAUCAAUUGUAAUACAAACAUAUUAAUUACCACGAUUAAAAACUAGAUUGUUUCAAAGAA